AUGUCGCAAACUUUAUCGCGCAUUGCGCAGAGACCACGGAGACUACAGACAUGUUCGCUUUUACAACCGCGAAGGCUUGCAACUUCUAGCACGUCUCCGUCUAAGAUCCUCGGUGUCGACUACAACAAACAACUCGCGGUCCUCGAUACCCUGAAGAAGCAAUCAGAACGUCCGUUGACAUUGACCGAGAAGCUAUUAUAUAGCCACUUGAUCAUGGAUGGAGGCCGUGAGUGGGAUCUGGAAAAGAUAGAUCGUGGAAAGACUAUACUCGAGCUGCGACCGGAUCGCAUUGCUUGUCACGAUGCCACUGCUACUAUGGCUCUGCUUCAAUUCAUCAGCGCCGGUCUUCCGCGUGUGAGAACCCCAACGACAGUGCACAGCGACCACCUUAUUAUUUCCGAGAAGGGCGCGACAGAGGAUCUACAACGAGCUUCUUCAGAACAUGCAGAGGUGUACGACUUUCUCAGCAGCGCGUCAAGAAAAUACGGUAUUGGGUUUUGGAAACCUGGGUCUGGCAUCAUUCACACUGUGAUUUUUGAGAACUACGGCAUGCCUGGUGGAUUGAUCAUCGGAACUGAUUCGCACACACCGAAUGCUGGAGGACUAGGAAUGCUUGGUAUUGGAGUGGGAGGCGCCGAUGCCGUCGAUGCUAUGUCCGGAAUGCCUUGGGAACUUGUUGCUCCCAAGGUUAUUGGUGUCAAUUUAACAGGCCAGCUCCAAGGAUGGGCGUCAACCAAGGAUAUUAUUUGCAAGAUAGCCGGCAUUCUCACAGUUUCUGGCGGAAAGGGGUCGGUGAUUGAGUUCUUCGGACCCGGUACUCAAACACUAGGAGCAACCGCAAUGGCUACUAUCUGCAACAUGUCGGCAGAGAUUGGUUCUACAUCUUGCAUCUUCCCUCAUUCACCUUCAAUGGACCGCUACCUGGCAGCUACCAAGCGCGACUACGUGGCACAGGCUGCCAACAACGUCCGGGACGUCCUCCUCACAGCCGAUGAAGGAUCUCAACAAUACUAUGAUCGCAUCAUUGAUAUCGAUCUCUCUACCCUGGAACCGCACAUUAAUGGCCCUUUCACACCCGACCUGGCCCAUCCACUAUCACAACUCAAAAAUUCCAUCGCCGAAGAGGACUGGCCAAUUGACUUGAGCCAUGCUAUGGUUGGCAGCUGCACAAAUAGUUCUUACGAAGAUCUCGAUAAAUGCAGACAGCUUAUCCGGCAAGCGAAGGCAGCUGGUACUUCCAAGUUCAAGGUUCCAUUCCUGUUGACACCGGGAAGUGAGCAGAUUCGCGCAACAGCCGAAGCUGAUGGUAUCCUGAAUGAAUUGAGGGAAGCCGGUGCUGUCGUGCUGAGUAGCUCGUGUGGACCGUGUGUUGGAUCAUGGGACCGCAAAGAUGUGGACGUCAAGGGCAAAGAGAAGAACUCCGUCAUUUCGAGUUAUAACCGCAAUUUCAUCGGCCGACAUGACAGCAACCCUGCGACCCAUUCAUUCGUGACCUCGCCAGAAAUGGUCACAGCCUUCGCUUACUCCGGUCGACUUGAUUUCAACCCAAUUACUGACGAAAUCAUUGGAUCCAAGUCGUCGUUCAAACUCGAGGCCCCAAAUGCCGAGGAGCUGCCGCGGCGCUUCGAGUCCGGCCUGGAAACUUUCCAAGAACCGCCCGCUGAUGGGUCCUCUUUUUCGGUUUCCGUUGAUCCCAAAUCGGAUCGUUUACAGCUGUUGAAGCCAUUCGAUAAGUGGCAGCCCGGUAGUACCAAAGACAUGGAGGUUCUUAUCAAAGUCUCUGGAAAAUGCACUACGGACCACAUAUCACCUGCAGGGCCAUGGUACAAAUAUCGCGGUCAUCUCGAGAAUAUCAGCAACAACAUGCUUACCACGGCAACAAAUGCCUUCCUCCCUGAUGAUCCGCAACUACUUGGACACACCAGAAAUCCUCUGACAGAGGAUAUAGACGUUGUACCAGAAGUCGCCCGUCACAUGCAGAAACAGGGCGUACGCUGGUGCAUCAUCGGAGAUAACAACUACGGCGAAGGCAGUUCUCGUGAACACGCAGCGCUUGAGCCACGCUUUUUGGGAGGAACGGCGAUUAUCGCACGCUCUUUUGCUCGUAUCCAUGAGACGAAUCUGAAGAAGCAGGGCAUGCUCCCCCUUACGUUCGAUGACCUUGCGGACUACGAUCGCAUCGCGGACGGAGAUCGAAUCUCCUUAAUUGGAGUUGAAGAGGGUGAGCUCCAGCCCGGCAAGUGCGUCACGAUGAGGGUAGCCAGCAAGGAUGGCUCGACCUGGGAGACUCAGCUCAACCACAGCUUUCACCAAGGUCAGCUUGCUUGGUUGCGGGCCGGUAGCGCUCUGAAUUAUAUAAAGACCAAGACAAUUGGCAGGUAG